UUCUCCUCCACCCCCUUGCCCGGGGGUGCCACCACCACCACCGCCACCCCUGUGCCCAGGUGUGGCCCCUCUGCCACCACCUCCUCCACCACCACCAUCCGCACCGCCUCCUAUGUUAGGUGGACCUCAGCUCCUCAAAGCCGCUUUGGAGCAAGCUGGACGUGCGGACCCUGACAGUGUGCGGGAGCUCCUGAGACGCAGGCAGGCCAGUUUUAAUGAGAAUUUAAAGUGGCUUCUUUUCAACAACCCUGUCCCUUCCCUCAUCCAGGAGGGCCCCCAGUGUGGGCUGGUGGCGCUGUGGAUGGCCGGUGCGCUGCUCUCGCUACCCAGAGCCAGGUCCUUGGAGAGAAUUGUGCAGGUGGCUCUGGAGAGAGGCUACACAGCCCAGGGGGAAAUGUUCUCAGCUGCUGACAUGGCCACGCUUGCCAAGGAGGUGUUUCCCUGCCAGACGGAGCUGCUCUCUGGAGGUUUGGAGGGACAGAACCACAGAAGGAUCCUUCAGCAUCUCUGGUCAGGCUUUCCGGUUUUGAUACCCUACGACGAAGACAACAACCACGAACCUUGCCUCCGGAAGGGCCACAAGGCUCACUGGGCCAUCGCCUCAGGAGCCCUGCUUGGUCUGAAGAGAGGUGUCCAGCUGCCUCCCUGCCGGGAAGAUGAGGAGAUCCCCGGACUCUUCCACGCCGGCCCGGCGGUCUCGGCCCUCUCUCUGGAUGCCGUGGCCGAGACUUAUUUGCUGGCUAAGCAGGGCAAGAGUUGCCGCUACCAGCUGUGGAGUUACACGCAAGUCCAGGAGAGCAAUGGGCAGCUGACAGACUUCAGCCCCAAACGGGCAUCCGAUGGCAAGGUCUACAUCGUGCCAGCCGGAGGUGUGCGGGAAGGGCUGUGCGGAAAGGCUGUUUUGCUGAGGCCAGAGAUGCCGGAGGGCUCCCACUCUGACUGAGCGGGCCGGACUCUCAACCUUGGGGUGGGGAAACCGCUUUCCAAAGUCACUACCUCAGCUGGCUGUAUCAAGAGCAUAGGGGGGCAGCAGGGAAGCUCUGUGGCACUUCCAUGUUCAAGUAGAGCGUAUCUGGCCUGUGUGAGGGGGAUGCUGCCUUUAUGCCUUGCGGUCGAUCAGCUGGAACAGACCUAUAAGUAGCCCAGGCGGCACAUUCUGGGUGCCUCUAAGGCUAGCAGAGGGGGCCGACCGACUGGGAGAAGGCGCAGUCCAUUAUAAGAACAGCAGGAAAGUUCAUGCUUUCCUCCUGGAGGCAGAAAAGCCAUUUUAUUCCCCUGUUCUCCACUCCCACCUGCAGGAGCUACUUUCCACAGCAGGGUAGCCCUUGGUUGCUGUUGGUGUGGCCAGCUAGGGACAAACUAUAUUAAACUAUACAAACUAUUAUGGUUAA